AUGGCAGUGGCAGCCAGGAUAGUCAGGACUACGACCUCCCCACAUGCCAGCAUUACCACCACGGCUUGGCCAGGCUUCUUGGACAGCUGGCUUAGCCGGAUCCCAUUACCCAAAUGGGCGCUCAUCACCGUGGCUGUGGCAGGGGCCAUUCUCCUCCUCCUCUUCCUUAUCUGCAUCAUCAGGUGCUGCUGUGGCAAGAAAAAGCCCAAGAAGAAGGAGAGAAUCAGCUUGUGCCCUGUCAGCAACUCAACCACAGCCAGCCUCGUCCAGCCUGAGAUGGAGGACCUGGAGCGAGGAGUGGAGCAGAUGCGUCGAGGAAAGCUGCAGUACUCCCUGGAGUACAACUUCCGCACACAGGAGCUGAAAGUCGGUGUGAAGCAGGCAGUUGAGCUAAAGGCCAUGGACAGUGGAGGCACAUCCGAUCCAUAUGUGAUCGUCUACCUAACAUCUGAUAUGAAGAAGAGAUACGAGACCAAGGUUUACCGCAAGACCCUGAACCCCGUCUUCAACGAGAGCUUUACUUUCCAGGUACCCCAGGCAGAGGUGCCUGAAUGCACACUGGUGAUGCAGAUUUAUGACUUCAACCGCUUUGCCAAGCAUGACAUCAUUGGUGAGGUCCGGCUGCCCCUGGCCAGUGUCAACCUGCAGCACGUUAUCGAGCAGUGGAGUGAACUGGCGGCGGCCAGUAAAGUGGAGGAAGAGCAGCUGGGUGAGAUCUGCUUCUCACUGCGCUAUGUUCCCAACACUGGCAAGCUGACGGUGCUCAUCCUGGAAGCCAGGAAGCUGAAGCGAAUGGACUCCCAUGGACUCUCAGAUACUCCAGCUUUGUGCAGAGCUGGAGAUAUCUUCCAGGAGAUGUUAUGGCUGGAUUGUACAGGAAGCUUGGCAGGAGGAGAUCCUUUUGUCAAGGUGCAUCUCAUCCUGAACAGGAAGAAAUGGAAGAAGAAGAAGACAAGUGUGAAGAAAAACACCUUAAGCCCUUACUUCAAUGAGGUGUUUGUUUUUGAGGUGCCUUUCAAUCAGAUCCAGAAUGUGGAUGUGGUCAUCUCCAUCUGGGAUCACGACAAAGUGACCAAGAAUGAGCCCAUCGGCAAACUCUUCCUGGGCUGUCGAGCCACAGGCAACCAGCUGCGCCACUGGUCCGACAUGCUGUCCAACCCACGCCGGCCUCUCGCCCAGUGGCACAGCCUGCAGCCCCCCGAUGUGGUUGACAAAGCCCUGGGACUGAAGUCUCACCUCAAGCUGCCCCUGGCCUCCAGAUAGUGGAGGUCUCCUUCUCCACCCAUGGAGCAGGAUGGUGGGCUUGUGGAGGAGAGAGGGGCUUCUGCUCGGCAACAUCUUGGUCCCAGCUCAGUGUCAGCAAAGAGGGGACUGGGACUCCUUUUGGCUAAGAGAUGA